AUGCAAGUCAAAACAUUCAUUACCUUUUUCUUCCUCGGUGUCGGCAUAGCUACGGCAGCUGAGACGACAUGUGAUAACAGCUCUUCCCAGAAGGGCUGUAACUGGGAAGGCACUGCUCCAUUUUGCGAUGGAAGCAAUCAUCCUGUUGGUUACAAAGAUAAUGGUUGGACGCUUGUGGCAACAACCAAGUAUGAAGACCAUACAGCUCUGGAACUCACAGGCAAGAUCAGCCUGGAAUGCUAUGAAAUCUAUGGAUCCGGCUGCGUGACUGGUUGGAAGAACUUGUGGUGUCCGUGGUGCAGGACUUAUGGGGUAUAA